AACUAGAACAGAACUAAGUAAAACUGAACUAGAAUAGAACUGGAACAGAACUAAAACAGAACUAGAAUAGAACUGGAACAGAACUUGAGCUGAACUUUAUGCUUCAUCUUAAGAACUUUUUCUUGCAGUUGGAAAAGCCAAACCUGUUUGUGACUAUAGAACUUUGAGAGAAUGCUUUCCCAAAAAUACCGCUUAUUUUCUAAAAAUGUAUCGCACUGUGGCCCAUAAUAAGAUCGAGGAUAUAGCUCCCUGCUAUUGCCUACAGAAUUGCAUGAAUUCGGUGAUAACUUUAAGAGUAUCGUAUCUUACAAAAACUAAAGAGUUUUUUGGAGGCAAAGGUACUAUACUCUCCAUGAAGGAAUGGCCUACUAUACGUUAUAAAAGGCAAACUAUAUUUACCUAUACCGAUUUAAUGGUUUAUAUUGGCGGUACUGCUGGUCUAUUUUUGGGUUUCAGUGUCUUGGGCGUCAUUGAAAUUGUGUAUUUUUUUACUAUGCGUUUAAUGUUCAGUUUAUGCGGUUACAAAUUGUAAUUUUUUUUUGGACUUAAAUUUUAUUAUUUAAUAAACAUAAUUUAAUUAAUUGCUU